GUGAACCUCUGAAACUCCCGAAAGUCCCGGAAACACCGGCAGAGAUCUAUUUUGCAAUUUUCAACGACAGCGUUGCAGAAGAGAGAUUCUCGCUGAGAUUCUCAGACUCCCGGAAGAGACUUCGAGGAGGAAGAAUUGGAGAUAACUCGGGCGUAGUGAGCACUCGCCAGAUUUUUCACGGUAAUCGACGUAAUCGCUCUUUCUUACACAACACUAUAAAUUGCAGCUCGAUCUAACGACAGCCCGGUCGUGGUACGGUCGUGCGAGGAAAACUCGACGGGACUCGACGGGACUCGACGGGGGAAGAGAGGAGGCGAGGAGGCAAAAAAAAAGGCGUCCUCGCGCGUACGAGGGUUGCAGGAAGAGCUCGCGCACGUGAGCUCGCACACCUCCGCUUUUCUUCGGCGCCGGCAAAGGCGGACGGCAUCAACGGGCAAAGGCGUCCUUCGAGCCGGCUUCGCCGUCCUUGUCUAGCCCGAAAUAACGUUUCGUUUCGUACGCGAGGCGCACAUGGGCGUUUCUUCGUGCGGCUGCCAGAUGCGUGGGUGGUGGCAGUGAAGAAGAGAAGGAGAGCACGAGCUGCGAGGCAAGCGAUCAUAUGGCAGUGCCGCCGAUGGGGCUCCCUCCUGGCCUGGCUUGUCAGUGCUUCGUGAAGUGUUGCGCCGUAGCCGUGCACGGCGCAACACUUGCGUCAAUCCCUGACCGAGCACGACCCUGGACACGGACGAAGCGUCCGUGAUACCUCCUCGGCGGGGCAACGUGCUUCGCGAGGAGGAGAGAGAGAGAGAGAGAGAGAGAGAGAGACGCGCGACGUCUUCGCGCGAGCUUUUCACUUCACUUCGCGGCCGCUCCGGCCGCUUUCCUCCGACCAAGCUUCGAAAGCACGAAGGGGAACUAGUGGAAGCCGCGAUCUCCGGAGGAGAUCGAAGCGACGCCUCGACACGGCGGGAUCGUAAUUGGCUUAAUGUUAAUUGAGUGUCAAAUGCGCGCGUGGAUGCGCUCGACGACGAUGCGAUCGCGCGCAGUGUGCCCGCGACGACGACGACGGUCUCUCGUGCAUGCUUGCGAACGGAGGAGGAAAUAGGCUCGCAGGCUCAGCCCUCCGUCAUCGAUCAGCCCCGCGCGCGAAAUCUGUCGUUGACAUGUGAUAGUAAAGGCAAACAAUGGGUAACUUGUUGUGAAGUGCGAGAACGUCGAUGCUCGUUCGUUCCAAGUGAUCGUCGAAGCGACAUGACUUGUUCCGCCUCGAGCGCGCGGUCUCUCUUCGCCGUCGCGAGUUUAAGCCGAGUGACCUCGGCUGAGUCGCAGAACGCGUGAGGAUCGUACAAUGCGGACGAAAUUAACGGCGGACCGCUGAAGGUAUCCCUCGUGGCAGCCCCAGGACGCGUUCCUCGACGGAGAAGGUCAUCAUGGCAGUCGAUAACCCGUCUUACUUCUCGCUGUCCGGCGAAGCGUCUUCGUCGGCGGCGAGGACGACGACGAUGACGACAGCGGCGACGACGACGUCGCCUAGGAACCACAGCAGCGGCUUCUCCGCGUUGUUCUGGAGGAGACCCAACAACAGGAUGGGAACCGCCAUCUCUCAGGGUGCUGUCCUCACGGAGCCCACGUCCGGUGUCCCGACGCACCACGACGCUCGAGGUAACGCGUCGGACGCGUCCACGCCGACGGAGGAGCGCGCGCCGAUGCUGUCGCAGAACGGCGCGGUGCAGCCGGGUUCUGGCAAGAGGAGAAGCUUCCGGAACCUCUUCAGGUCCGUGAGCGCGAACGCGGAUAAUGAGAGGACCCAGAAGUUCCUCAAGGGCGACCCGAGGCCCUCCGAUGUCGCGCCGCCAUCGUCAUAUCUUCCUUACAGGUCGCAUUCGCAUUCCGAGAAAGACCGGCAUCGUCCUGGCCGCGGCAGAAGAGUCCUGAAAUCCGCAAACGAGCUUCUGUCCAAUGAGAGAGACAUGAUUUACUGCGGUUUGACAGGCAACUGCAAGGAUCGCAACAGCGACGUGGACGGCAACGCCGACGACGACGACGACAACGACGACAACGGCGACGACGACGACGACGACGACGACGACGCGCAGGAGGUUUUCCUCGGCGUAAACGAUGCCAGAUAUUAUAACAUCUCGUCUACGCUUCCCGCGUCUGGUUCCACAACGGUCUGCCAACGGAGGCACUCAAUCGGCACUUUCCUCGGGAAAGAAGCCGCCGCAUCCGGCAGCGCCGCGGCUACUCUAUGCCAGCAAACGGCAGGAUCUAGGAAUCAGCUAGAAGCGGACGCGCCUGCCGCUCCGGUAUUUCUCGACGAUACCGACGGCGGCCCCUCCAACGAAGAAGGACCCGUCGCCUGCGCCAGGACAAGACACAGGAGGCGCAGAAACUCGUCCAAUAAGAGAUCACACUCAACGACGAGGGAUGGACACGCGGAAGAUGACGUCCUCUUCGUCUCUAGCAAAGACAGCGAGGCUUCCAAGUUGUGGACCAGCUACCUGUCGGCAUGCUUCGAGCAAAUCAGCCGGCAACAAGGACGACCACCGUACAGAAUACGUCAAGUGGCGAUCGAGGAGCCAAUAGCCCCGAAAAUGGAGGAGAGGAUCCGUUCUUCUCGUCUCCAGGUCGUCGUGGUCUGUCCAGUUCUGUUGGAGCGCGUCCGCGCUAAUCCGGAGCAGACCGUUCACUUGACCAGACACCUGGUCAACGAGAAGGUGCUGGCGAUGAUGCUGGGUGUUCACGACAGCUACAUCAACGACAGUCACAAGUCCAGCUUGGUCUGCUACGAUCAGUGGAGAAAAUUCUUCGUGAAGGAUCAAGACGAGACAUUCGUGGGCGAAUUAUUGGGCGCGGCUGUCGGCAUUCUGGGCACCGCACCGCCGCCGGCGCUUAGGGCCGACAAGACUGCAUUCUCCGUGCACCCGAAGAAAGUGAAACUGGGACAAAACAGAAUAAUCGUUCUGCUGAACGAUCCUUUGACCGUCGAAGAUCACGUUUCGGUAGUCAUCGAUCGUUGCGGCGAUGCGAUCGACAUAAGCAACGUGAAGAGGAGGAAUCCUUACGCGCUGCAGUUCUCGAUACCAGAGAGAUGUCUCGAGGUGUCCAUGCUGGUGGGCGUGAGAAUAUCCAAGAACGGCUGUUCACUUGGCGUUAGGCAAGUCAAGUGCGAGAGCAGGCUCCGAGAACUCGAUCAGAUCCUCAGAGCGCACGAUAAUCCUCUCGAGUUUAUGUGCCAGACUUUCGGCUUCAGUUCUACCGACAGGGAGCAGUUGGACAAUUGGAUGGUCCACGCGUUUCAGAAGAACAUCCCUCCUCACUUCAAUCUCCUAUCAACUCCGAGCGGUUUGGUGCCUACCCAUAAGAAACACACGAGCCCCGAGGAGAGCCCGACAUUGCUACACUUCGCCGCGCGAUUCGGCCUGGAGAAACUAGCAUGGCAGUUGCUGGAAUGUCCAGGCGGCGACCUGGCCUGCGACCUGCGAAACAUCUCCGAAAUGACACCCGCCGAUCUCGCGGAGCAAGGCGGACACACGAGACUGGCGCAUCAGUUGCGGGGUUACAUGCAAAUAAACGAGUUCUCCAACAUGUACAGCUACCUCAAAGUCAUAAGCGAGACGACGACUAAUCGACCAACAGAUCACGACCCCCCCGCGACGGAUGCCCCACUGACCGCAACUGCGAAGCAGCAGACCAGUAACGAGAACGAAGACUACUGUCUACCGAGACCUCUCAGUGAGGCUUACUUGGUGCCGCCUAUCGCGAGACCUGUAACGACUCUGAUCUCGAGCCUGCAAACGACGACUGUCAGCACGACGAUGAGCAAUCUCAUAGCCGCUAAUUAUUCGGUCGUGCCAACGCCGACCCCGGUAAUAUUACCGUUCACAACCGCGACUUGCAACCCUUCGAAUGGACUGGACCCGUCUCUCCAGGAUUACAUGCAAAUGUACCCUGUCGGCUCGAAAAUUUCAACGACAAACACAACGAAGCUGCUGUCGUCUCGAACGGGCACACCCACGCAGUGUACUCGUUUGGAGUCUCAUCAAGGUUCUUCGGCGAUACGAGAGGAUAAUCCCAGUCCAAAGAUCAGCCAGCCUCCUGCCUAUGGUAGAACCUCGUCCAACUCCAGCAGCUCCAAGUCCAGAGAGCCGUCCGGCCCUCAGGACGAGUUGCUGGAGAUUAUAAACGACUUCAAGAACAACGUCUUCACGAUCUCCGAGGUGGAGAGGCUCGUCGAGAAUUGGCAGAAGCGGAACGACGUGCAGCAGAGCUUCAAAGACAAGCAACGCCAGCUCAUGGCGAUGCGUGAGGAAUACGACAGGAUACAGAAGAAGAUGAAAGAAGAAAUGAAAACCGCGACGCCUUUUGACAAGAUACGCAGGUUCUUUUCCAAGGGAAAGAAAGACACGAAGGAAUCCGCCAGCGUUGCCAGCGACUUGCCUUCCGGCAAAUCCGAAAACGUCAAUGGUGGAUUAGUAGCUGAUCGCCGGCCUGUCAGUAGCUUAAGUCUUCGUAGUGUCUCUAGCUCGUCCUCGUCCGGUAGAAUGAGCACCGUCAGCGGGUGCAGCGGCACGAGCUUGGGCGAUAGCGGGACCCACUCCGACUCCGAAGAGAGAAGACUGCAGAAUCUCAGGGACGAGAAGGCGUCCGGUAUGACGUCCUACGAGAUACCACCUGCGCCUAAACCGUUCACGGGCAGGUAUUCACCUGCGCCCGGGUAUUCCCCGUCGCCGGGUGUCUCCGUCACACGCGACCUCGACCUCCGGCCGGCGCGGUCGCCGUCCCGGGCCGACGACAACGAAUACUACAUCGCGUUCCCACCGUCGGGAUUACCCGUUCACGCGUUCAAAGCGGACGGCUCGCCGCGGGAACCGAACACACCGAGCUCGCCCUCGCCCGCGUGCGAACGCACCAAGUGUCUCGACUUCGCGCAGAACAUCGUUGUUCCGUCGAACAAGCAGGAGGACGGGACCGAGGCGACGCGGCGGCGGCGGCACGUCGGCAACGACGGCUACACGAACAUCGAGCCGACGUCGUCAACGAGGAGUUCUCCCUCGGACUCGGCUCGCGUCCCGGAUCGCAAUGAAUCAACGUCCGUUGAUCCCGUCAAUUCGGCCCGCGCGAACGAGGGGAUCACGAGGGAACGUCGUGGCGAUGCCGACGAAGUCUCCGAGACGUGUCACCCUGAGGACACCUUGAGGACGGUGCUCGCGCAAUCGGCUGCCGUCGACGAGGUCGAUUCCGUCGCCCGAAGCACCGAACAGGACAACGCGGUGAAAUAUGAGCAAGCAUACCCGCCGGCGGGCUCGACAAAGCAUACGAAUAUCGAGGCCGGCGAGAACGGCAGAAUGCCGGAAUAUAUGAACCUCGCCGUUAAUAUGGGUCACGACUCCGCCAAAGUCCUUGGCGCCAUACCAAAGAAACUGCCCGCGCCGCCUGUGCCGCCGAGAGUCACGACUAAGAAGUAGGAACCGGAAAUCGAUGCGAACGCGCAAGUGUUUCUUGACACUUAACCUGUGUACGUGGUGUGACAUGUCAGCCUUUUUGCGUAUUAAGCCGCGAUUGAACUUUCAACGACUAUCAACGACUAAAACUCAGAUCAGUUGACAUUAAUCACCGAGACUCAUCUGUGUAUCUUUCUCUUUCGUAUCCUCGUUAAGUAUAUAUACUCGUUAAGUAUACGUAGUUACGUAGUUUAGAUAUGUCGAAGGAAAUACUCUUUACAUGGCCACGACAUUAGUAUAUAAUUACUGUAUCGUUCUUCUGCUCGUCUUCAGAAAAAAAGAAUUCGCGAAUCCAUUCGCCCUAUGUUAGUCGUACAAAAGCAGCAACAUUAAUUGAAUAAUUAGCACGUAAUAAUAUAAUUAGUUAAAAAAGAUGUUACAAUUAUAGAUGCCUCGAUUAUAAAAAAAUUAGUCCGAUUAAGUUUUCAAAGAAAUACACCGCGCUAUUUUUGCACGCAGCGGAAACGACGUUUAUACCAAGUACCAAGGACGCAUUUAUCUUUAAUUUUAAGAACGACGCGUGAUUCGCGGAUGUUUUAUACAAUUUUAUAUUACUCCCGCCGAA